AUGAUGGCUGUCGAACAUUAUCGAGUGUCCGUACCGGAGUCUAGGCUUCAAGACCUGAAGACUAGGCUUUCCACGGUGAUAUUCCCUGAUGAGCUUGACGAAUCUGAAUGGGAUUUCGGGGCACCACUUGCAGAUGUCAAACAACUUGCAGCGUACUGGAGAGAUGAAUUCGAUUGGCGGCAAGCGGAAGCGGACAUCAACCAGAUGCCUCAUUUUCAAUCUACAAUCCAGGCUGAUGGUUUUGAGCCACUGAAAAUCCAUUUCGUACACCAGAAAAGCGACCUAGCGAAUGCAAUCCCACUUCUUUUCUGUCACGGCUGGCCGGGGAGCUUUCUAGAGGUUCAGAAGCUACUGCCGCUUCUCGCUAAUUGCAACGGCGAGAGUGAGCCUGCAUUCCACAUCGUUGCUCCUUCAAUUCCAAAUUUUGGUUUCUCCGAAGGACCCAAACAGCGUGGCUUUGGGCUUGCUCAGUAUGCCGAGACCUUACACAAACUCAUGAUUACGCUGGGUUACAACGAGUACGUGACACAAGGCGGUGAUUGGGGAAUGAUGAUUACACGCACUAUGGGUCUCAUGUAUCCAAAACACGUCCGUGCAUCGCAUAUUAACAUGGUGCGAGCUCACCCACCAUCGUUCUUCCGCCAUCCCUUACUUGCUCUACAACACGCGCUACGUCCCUUUUCCGCCCGUGAUCGCUCUGGCCUUGCACGCUCUCGGUGGUUCCUCGAGGAGGGAGCUGGUUACCGCGCCCAACAGUCUACCAAGCCCCAGACACUUGGCUACGCUGUUGCCGAUUCCCCUGUCGGUCUCCUCGCAUGGAUAUAUGAGAAGUUGCAUGAUUGGACGGACGCAUACCCGUGGACGAACGACGAGAUACUUACAUGGGUCUCCUUGUAUUGGUUUAGUUGCGCUGGGCCUGCUGCUAGUCUACGCAUCUAUUACGAGGCCACACACCCCCCUAAAGAUAGUUCCGGGCGUUCGGCCUUCGUGCAUCGCGACCGCACAGAGUCCUGGAUCGGAAGCGUCAAGCUUGGGCUUGCGCACUUCCCAAAGGAAUUGAUAGUCGUUCCCUACACGUGGGCGGCCUCGAUGGGCAAUGUAGUAUACCAAAGCUACAACCAGCAUGGCGGACAUUUUGCUGCGACGGAGCACCCAGAGGUCAUUGCACGGGAUCUACAGAGGAUGUUUGGAAAGCAUGGAGGAGGAUACGGAUGUGUGAGGGACAGGGACGGCUAUGUGGGUGCUUAG